CAUAGCAGCAGCAUAUCGCUGUUGGGUGAAGGCGACUGAAGUCGUGCAGCAAUUUUAUUGUUCUGCAGUUAGUAGAUCUCUCCGGAUAAAAUAUUUCUUUCCAACUUCAGCUACAGUGUUAGCUAAGUUUGGAAGGGUAAACCGGGAGAAAGCAAAUUUUGAUCGCAAGAAAACAUUAACCAAGGAUUACUAGGCAACCGCAAAGGGACAUAGGCUAUCUAGUCAGCUGGUCAAAACAAGAGAAUUAGGUUAACGUUACAAUGGAAAACACUGGAUCGAAAAAACGUGGAUCUGUCCUCGAUUUCUUUACGUCUGCCAAGUUCCUUAUUUACCUCGGGCACGCUCUGUCAACAUGGGGAGACCGCAUGUGGAAUUUUGCCGUUGCUGUCUUUCUGGUGGAACUGUACGGCAACAGUUUGCUCCUGACAGCCGUGUAUGGGCUCGUGGUUGCGGGAUCGGUACUGUUGCUCGGCGCAAUCAUUGGAGAUUGGGUGGACAAAAAUCCACGACUCAAAGUGGCCCAAAUCUCACUGAUUGUCCAGAAUACAGCUGUCAUACUCUGUGGCAUUCUCCUUAUGGUGGUUUUCCAGUUCAAAGAACAACUAACUGAACUCUACAGUGGAUGGCUAUUGACAACCUGCUACAUCUUGGUCAUCAGCAUUGCCAACAUUGCUAAUCUUGCCAGCACUGCCACCUCAAUCACCAUCCAGAGAGACUGGAUCGUGGUUGUAGCGGGGGAGGACCGCAACAAACUGGCAGAUAUGAAUGCAACAGUGAGGAUCAUUGACCAGCUGACCAACAUCCUCGCUCCCAUGCUGGUGGGACAAAUCAUGUCCUUCGGCUCUCACUUCAUCGGCUGCGGCUUCAUUUCCGGUUGGAACCUGUUCUCCAUGUGUCUGGAGUACUGUCUGCUGUGGAAUGUGUACCAGAAGACUCCUGCACUGGCCAUCAAGGGCAUUCAGAAAGACAUUGACCAGGAGAUGAGACAGCUGAACAGCCAGAAAGAAGUGGAGAGUGGAGAGAACCCUGCUGAAGGUUCUCAGUUGAUGACUGCGUCCGCGGCGGAGGCGAAGAAGGACCAGGAGAAACCGGCCGGCUGCUGCUACCAGAUGGCUGAGCCUCUGCGCACCUUCCGUGACGGAUGGGUGGCCUACUACAACCAGUCCAUCUUCUUGUCCGGCAUGGCCCUGGCCUUCCUCUACAUGACCGUGCUGGGCUUCGACUGCAUCACCACGGGCUACGCCUACACGCAGGGCCUCAACGGCUCCAUCCUCAGCCUCCUCAUGGGCGCCUCGGCCAUCACCGGUAUCUUCGGCACGGUCGCUUUCACGUGGGUUCGCAAGAAGUGCGGCCUGAUCCGCACGGGCUUCCUGUCGGGAGUGGUGCAGCUCGCGUGCCUUGUGAUGUGCGUCGUCUCCGUCUUCAUGCCGGGCAGCCCCUUCGACCUGUCCGUCUCGCCGUUCAAGGACGUUCUCAGCCACCUGUUCGGCGACAGCGGGUCUCUUCCAGAAGGUCCCACGCCCAGCGUCUCCCCAGUGGCCCAUGCGUUUAACAGCUCCACCAUGAUGUUGGAGGAGUCGCCCCAAGUCGAGUCUUACUUGUCUGUCAGUCUCCUUUUUGCUGGAGUCAUUGCUGCUAGAGUGGGUUUAUGGUCAUUCGACUUGACCGUGACUCAACUCAUCCAAGAGAAUGUGAUCGAAUCCGAACGAGGAAUCAUCAACGGCGUCCAGAACUCCAUGAACUAUCUCCUGGACCUCCUGCACUUCAUCAUGGUCAUUCUGGCGCCCAACCCAGAGGCCUUCGGCCUCCUGGUCAUCAUCUCCGUCUCCUUCGUUGCCAUGGGGCACAUGAUGUACUUCAGGUUUGCCUACAAGAGCCUCGGGAGUCGCCUCUUUCUCUGUUGCUCCCCCGAGCAGAAGGAGGAGGCCAACAGCCCCUCCCUUCCCACCACUGUGUAACUGAUUAAAGAGACCCUAUCCCUAGCGCCAGAGUGUGACCUGCUUUGCACACAAACUCACGUGGGGCCCCAAGUCUAUGGGGGAACCAAUUCCAGUCUUUAGCUAACAUACUUGCUUUAUUAGCUGUCGCUGAUGCCUAUGUAUAUCUAUGCGUAUUUCAACCCCUGCGGCAAUACCCUGACUAUAGCAGAGAUAGCAGCGGCUCUAGGUAUCAGUAGUCAUCAUUAGCUGAGAUAGCAGAGCAGAGAACGACCAGAGGCCCAGAACGUGUCGGUCCCGAUCGCUCUGCCGGAAGGGUUAGCCUUGAACUGAAGACGACAGACCAGCCGCAUGCACUCUCCUCUCCUUUCAGCCGAGCCUGUGCUGUUGUGUAACUUGGAGUGGGAAAAAAAGGAAACAUCUAAGAAAGACUGAGGGAGAAGACUACUAGGCCUCGUAGCGGACAUUAUGUUGACUUGUAGUGCUCAUGUAUUUGGACGGGUCGAAUAAGAGUUUUAAUCUAUGAGAAGUCAUCAGCUCCAGAUCAGUACAGGGAUUUUUUUUUUUUUGGCUUUUCAGUCAAGCUGGGUGCUGUUAUUUUCUUUGUUCAGUUACUAUAGCAUGUUAAGUUAUAUACUAUCUACACUUGAUUUGAUUUUGUCUCAUGUUGCUUAAGUCAGGCCAGGGAUAAAGUCUCUUUAAUCUGUGGUUAAAAGGGUUAUGCAAAAACAUAUUCAUUCAGGAUGAUACACUCGUAAUUGAAUAUAGUAUAUGUAUUCCGUCAGUAUUCUACAUCUUUGCCUGGGUGGUGCUAACGUGUUAGCCAUUGCUAUGCAUUCUCUUUAAAUAUAUUGUCAUAUUACCAAAGCAAACUUUAUGGUGGAAGUGAGGGAAUUACAUUGCUGUUGUAUAUUUGUACUUUCCAAAUGUUUUUUGUGAUGGUUGUGAUCAUGGUGAUAUCUAGAUUUGUUCAUGUAGGCUCAAGUAUAUCCGUGUCAAAGUCCCCAAUGGCUGUUUUUAACUGACAGCUUUUACAGUCUAUCAGCACUGUGGCUUAUCAUUUUUGUUUUUCUUCAUGAUUUGAUCUCCAAGUUGAUAUUUUUGUAUCAUUUUCGUCAAAAGAAAAUCAACGCCGUGAUUGUGAUUGUUACACAGGCACUUUACGAUUCCUCAGUGGAGGAAGCAGAUGAAGUAGAAACCCCCUGAGGCACAUUUCAGGCAUUUUCUCAAAAUGUAUUUGCACAAAGGCUGAGAUACUGCCUCUCUCUCUCUUUCUCUCUCACUCUCUUUCUCACACUCUAGCUCCCUCUCUCUCUUUCUCUUCAAUUCAAUUUAGCUUUAUUAGCAUGACUGUAGAAAGUGUUGCCACUCGCUCUGUCUUUCUCUCUUUCUUAUCCCUCUCUUUCAUCAGUCUUACUCUCUCGCUCUCUGUGAGUUCAAACCUCCUUAAAUCUUGUGUCCAAAGGAGAUCCUCCACUAGCACACCCCCUGGCCGACACUGAUCAAUAUGCACAACAGCCUUAUCUUACACGCACGUCAUAGACGCACACGUCGGCAAAAACGUGACUGAAGAAUCAGAUGCUUGUGUACAGAAUCUUGCCCACCCCACCCCUGUAGAUUUUAGGUUGAGUACCUAUUUUUUCUUUUUGUUUUGACUCCUCCAUGGUAUACCUCAAGCCCCCUCCCCCCCGCCUUAAACACCAGUGACUCUGUUCUGCACUGCCAUGUUGUGCUACUCGCAUCAAGGACGCCGGGAGCUUUGCCGCCGCGUUGGUCCGCGGCAGAGCUCUGCCUGUGUGGUGUCAGCAGGAGCUGGAUUUCUGGCACACCCAUACAGUGGGAGCCGGCCCCUUAAAAAAAAAAAAAAAAAAAAAACAGCAAUAUGAAGUCAGACUGAAAUAAUAUUAAGGUUGGAUUGAGAGCGAGAGGCUGUGCCGUAUAAAUAGAACAGGGAUGCUAUUGUCCCGGAGCCUGUAGGAGAGAGCUGGGGGGAUCAGGUGGGAUGGUCCUCCGGUGGUGGUUUGUUGACUCUUUGUGUUUUUUCUUUUUUUUAAAACACAUCUGGUGCAACAGACGGCUCCCAGAACAGUCAGUGUUGAUGUUAGCCGUUGGUUGACUUCAAAUGUUGAGUAAGCAUAUUUGCAAGAACAGGGCACUGAGUAAUUGAGUUCUUUUUUUGUGUGUAUGUUGGAGUGGUUUGAGGACUUAUUGUUUUUAAUAGACUUUUUUCCUAGACAAACUAACAGUUGGUUAAUCCAUCAAUACUACUUUGUUGUGUUGGUUAAUGUUUUUGUACUUCUUUCACUGUCAGAUCAUGCUGUCAUGUUGCUGUUUUAAGUGUUUGAAACUUUUUCUACUUUUAAAUGUUUUGUACAGUACAAUAGUUGUAACAGUUCAUUUAGCAAUUAAGUAGUUUG